AUGCCUUGCGGUGUCCCACUUCUGUCCGGACGCGAUCUGCAGGGGGGGGGGGGGGGUCCUGUCCAGAGCAGGGGGCUGACGGCCAGAGCUGCAGACGUGCGCGGCCCCUCGGUCGGAUGUCCCGAUGACCGGAUGGAUUCGUUGUUUACAUCCACGCGGGAAGGUGACACGCUGAUGGCUCCCCCUUGUGGUGUGGAGGAAUGAGGGGCUCUGGAUGAAGGCCAUGGAGCUGAAAGUGUGGGUGGACGGAGUUCAGCGCAUCGUAUGCGGAGUCACAGAGUUCACCACAUGCCAGGAAGUGGUCAUAGCUUUGGCACAAGCCAUCGGACGAACUGGCAGAUACACGUUGAUCGAGAAAUGGCGAGAAACGGAGCGCCACCUGGCUCCGCAUGAAAACCCCGUGGUGUCCCUCAACAAGUGGGGUCAGUAUGCCAGCGACGUGCAGCUCAUCCUCCAGCGGACCGGGCCUUCUGUCAGCGACAGGCCCAUGUCCGAGGGGCUGCCUCGCGUCCCGGAGCGCGGGCUCUACCGCCAGAGCCUCCCCCCUCUGGCCAAGCUCCGGUCCGCAGGCACGGACCGCUCCCUCAAGCGAAAGGAGCCCAAACGCAAAUCUCUGACCUUCACAGGGGGGGCCAGGGGUUUGCGGGAAAUAUUUGGGAAAAGCAGAGAAACUGAAGGCAAGCAGACCCAGCAGCGCGGGGUGAGCUUGAACCUGAGCAGGGUCGGAGGCAGCGGAACAGCAUCUGUACCUGGAAGUCCAGCCAGAGAGCUGAGCCGCCUGGUGCAGCUGCAGAGAGACAAGCUCCAGGCUCUGGAGAGCCGGCUGCUGGGCUGCGAGGUGGAGCUGCGAGACUGGGAGGAGGCCGGCGUCGAGUUCAGCGAAAAUGGAAACUUUGAGGACGAGCUGCUGCUUUUGGAGCAGCAGGUGAGGAGGAACGAUGCUGAGAUGGAGGAGGAAGAGUUCUGGCAGAACGAGCUCCAGAUCGAGCAGGAGAGCGAGCGGCAGCUGCGCCGACAACUGGCGGAGCUGCAGGGCCACGUGCGAGACUGCGAAGCCAAGCUCCUGGAGUACUUAGCCCGCAUCCAGAACAUGGAGACGGGCCUGGAACAGGAGCAACUGCAGCAGGAGGCCGAGCUAAACAAAAAGAUCAAGGAGGAGGAGGUGCAGGCCCAGCUGGAGAAAGUGAGGGCAGAGUUGGAAAUGCAAAGCCAACAAACGGCCCGGCUGGAGAGCAGCUGCAGGGCGUUGGAGCGCUCGCUUUGCCAGUCAGGCAAGAGGCUACAGGAGAAGGAGCAGGAGCUGGAGCAGCUGACCAAAGAGCUCCGACAGGUCAACCUGCAGCAGUUCAUUCAGCAGACCGGCACCAAGGUCACCGUGCUGCCCGCCCAGCCCACGGAAGAGAACAGCGAAAUGGAGGGUGGCUCUCUGAAACGACCCGGUUCUUCCAGACUCCUACCCAGUGACCUCCGCGCUCUGCAGAGCUCCGUCUGCUCCAGCCUCAACCCAGAGGGCAUCUACGUUUGACCCCAGACUGUCCAGAGAAACAGCCGGGUUGGUUAUUAGCGGGCAUGGUUCUACACUUGGAGAAGCCCUGGAAAUAACUCCAGAAAGCGCUUGAGAUUGUUUUUUUUACCUCUGCACUGAGUUGGCACUUCUAUUUAAAAAGACAAACAAAAAACAAGGAAAAUCUGACAAGAAGUCUUUUUGCCAUGUUUCCUGCACUGUCCCCAUCCCAUCGGGAAUGAAGUGUAAACUGAUGUCAACAUCUAUUAGGAUACGAGAUAAAAAAGCUCCCUGAACUCUGAGAGAUUGGCAAUUCUUUUUGAAUCCCUGACAAGCAGGAGCUGCUACAUACCUAUAAGCCAGCAGAUCUGUUCUGUAGGCAUAUGGAUGCUGGAGGCGACGGUACCGGGGGGACUCACCAUUAUAAAGCAUAUUUUUGUGCUGUAAACGGUGAAAGUGUUCCAGGAGUUUGGACUUAUGUACUUGUAUACAUACACAAAAAAAAUGAAUGCAUGAGCAUGCACAAACAGACACCACACCUGUGCUAUAACCAUAGCCAUAUCUGAUUGCCUUACUCUGGUGUUUUAAAACCAGAUGUCAAAAAAAUGUAAUGAUGUGAUAGAACUCAAGGUAGCUUCUGAAUACUAUGCGCCAUAUGUAUUUGAUUAAAUGCUUUGCACCAAUUCAGGUGAAACCUAGUAAUGAUAAUUGAUGUCAUAGCUCAACUUUGGGUCAAUUCUUUUUUCUUUUUCUUUUUUUUUCUACAUGAUGAAUGCGAAACAAAUUAACCUCAGUAUGUUGAGUGAACAAUGGACACCUCCUCAUAAACUAAAUAACACAGGGGAGUUUAAAGCAGAUUUGAUGGGCAGUUGGAGAAAUUCUGAAAAGUGAGUGAAUGAAUGAACAAAAACGCUUUUAAGUCUGAACUUUAAAUCAAGCAUAAAAAAAAUGCAGUGUGAACAUUGUGACCACUGGGUGGAGACAAAACAUAUAUUAUCCAGGCAAGUGUGUGAAAGUAACUCUGCAUCUUAGCUGAUGUGACGACUCUGUAUUCAUAUACGUUGGUAGUCAUAUUUGACUGUGUGUAUUGUUUUGUAACAAAGCCUCAGCACUUUAGCUUUCAGUCUAUAAAGGUGCCACUAAUGUUUUUUCAUUUGAUUUUUGAACAUUUUAACAAACUAAAGAUGUCUCAUAUGAACCAAAGCCUGUGUAUGGAAACAAAUACUGUAGUUAGAUGAAUGUACUUAUUUUUUAAUUAUACGUGGGCUCCAGCUUGUUUCAAGUACCAACGGCAUAUUUUGGCUUGUCAUAAAGUAUUGGGUGAGUCAAAAAACAGGCUGUUUGCAAGGAAAAAAAUAUUGACCGACCCUUAGAGAUUACUCACUUUUAUGUUAAUACUAUUGAUACUACACAACACUACCAACAUGUUUUCAAACUGGUACAGAGCUUAGUUUAUUGGAAGCAUUUUCCCCCUAAAUAUAAAAGCCAACACUUCCCGUUUACAACCCAAAGCCUCCAUGAAAUCAUGUUUGUUAUUUAAGUGGUUAAUCUAUCUGCCUGGUAAAAUAUUUAACCACUACGCUGGUCCAAAGCAACCACUUUGUAGGUAUUCUUAAAGGUUUUUCGUGUUUAUAACUUUCCAUCUGCUCUACUCAGGCCCGUUUGAACCAUGCUACCAGGAGGCCAUUCUGCAGUUUCAGCGCUGUUGUAAUCUGUGCAGCUAUAAAUCUUUUCUAUUUGUCCACAAACCUAAAGUUUCCUUGCCGUUUUUUUACCCCCCUGUGUAAUAAACAACCACACUCUUUACAAUUACUUUAUUUGACAAGCUGGAAAUGUUAUUGGGGCCCAUGUGAAGACACCCGUGUUUGUGCUGUGAAUAUAUAAUAACAAAGUGAGCUCCAUCCUCAUCUUGCUUAGUAGUGCAGAAACACACAUUCUCAACACAACUUUUGUGAGACCUUUCUGUAACGGUUCAGUGACAGAGAAUUGCAGUGUUAUCGUUAUGGUAACAAUCUCAGCUGUUCCAGACUUUAACAAAGGAAUCGCAGCCGUAGCUGACAGAGAGUUUUGAAUAAUGGCAUGCCUUACUGUGGAGAAAAAAAAUCUGUCUACAUAUCACAUCAGUCUUUGGACUAUUUUUACUGUAGAUUGAAGUCUGAUAUAUUAUGCAGAGUGCCAGUUGAUAGACAUUUAGUGCAUGCUAAUUUGUGCUUAGUCUAUUUUGACUCCCAAUUAGUAGCUACCACAGAUAUGAUUUUAUCCCUUCUUUGCCUUUGUUGACUUGUAAUGAUGGAUGAGCUUUGCAGAAAAUGGUAAGAACUCAUUAUUUUUAUGCCUUUUUAGUACUUUUCUUUGUGUUUUUUUUUUUACUUUAGCAAAAAAUGAUACUUAUAGAAUGCAAAAGACAUUUGUGCUGUGUUGAAACAUGACAAGUUAACCAUCAGUACUUGUUGUAUCAUUUCCCUCCCGUUUCAAGUGUAAGGACAUUGUCUGUAAUUGGCUUCCGUUGAGCCAUCAAUGGCGCUUUUCAGUGAUCGUGCAUAAACAAAUGAGAUGAUGGAGCCAUCAUGGAAACAGCCAUCCAGAGGUUUUAAAAGCUAUUUGAAAAACGCUGUGGCUCAGGGAUAUUGUGAGGCAUGGAAUUGCCCAGACAGAAAAGACAGAAUGUAAUUAUGGAUAAAUGCUUUUCACAAUGUCUCAAGUUGAAUAAAAUGUUUGCUCUCAGAGAGACUUAAACAGUUUGAUGAGCUGUUGCGUUGGCUCCAGAGCACAAAGCUACAAAAGCAAAAUAUGUGAUUAAUCUAUAGUGAAGAAACAUGUCCUCUUUGUGUCUCAUGUAUUUCGCACAUUAUGAGAGCAAAAUCUAGAAAUUGGUUGAGGUCAUGACUUUGUAGCAUAGUUCUGGUCUUGAAACACCACUCAAAGUGUUUACAUCACUAAUUCACUGUUGUACUCUUGGAUAAACUGUGCUUUUAACCUCAAAAAGUUGCAUAAACUCUUAAGAAAAAUGUGGAAUAUUCAGAAUCUUAUUAUAAUUUUGUAUUGUCUACCUACAAAGUCACCUAAUGUAUUUUUUUAUCUGUCAAAAUGUAUCCAAUUCCUUCUUUUUGAGUUCAGGUACUAUAUGUUUUGGUUAAGAAGCAAAUUCAAGAGUUAUGUAAAACGUGUAAAGAAGUAAUCAAAAGUAUUUAAAACAUACCAGAAAUCAAUAAACUGCUCUGCAAUACUGA